CUAUUCUAUCAUGUAUCAUGGCUCGACAUCGUCACCAGUCAUCUGUAGAGUCUGUCCUUGAAUUUUCUCCUCCUUUUCCCCUCGCGCCACAUCAGAAGAACAAAGCCCAGAUACUUCUCCACAAUUUUAUCCGGCAUUAUGGUCUUGAGCAGAUUGUCCAGAAGGGUUACAAACCUGCAAAACUUAUCCAGGCAACACACGAUCGUGUUGCAUGCCAGGAUACAUUUUUGAGAUUCUUCUUCUUAUUCAUCUACGUAAAGCCAAGCGAUUUGAAGGAAUCGAACGUCGACGCUGAUUUUUCUGCCGCUCUCUCUUAUGUCGAGAGUUUCAUAGAGGACCCGACGAACGUUAAGGCAGCGAUCGAGGAUUUCGCGGAGUAUAUUAUGGAUAACUUUCUCCUUCCUCUCAGAGCUUCAUCCGCUAAGACACCCCAAGCGACGCCGAGAUCAUUAUCCUCGAUCCAAACACCAACACCAAAUGGUACGAGACAGCGUGUAUCUGUUUUGCGACAAAGUUGUCUUGUGCGUGAUCGACAUCGGUGUGUGGUGUCCCGUAAAUUCGAUUUAGUCGAAGCUAGAAAGCGCACCGAACAGCACGGUGGUAAUUCUGAGGACGAUGAAGGCAACCUUCUCAUGAAUGAAUCUCGCGGUGGAUUCCAGUACUUGGAAAUUGCUCAUAUUCUCCCCCAUUGUCUGACAACAAUUGCACCCGGGGAGCCAGAGCUGGUGGGUUCGAGAUGGGCUACAAGCAGUCCUUUUACUAACCGCACUCUAGAGCGAGUCCAAAAGGAACGUGCUUCGCAUCCUGGAUAUGUUUGAUCCCGGGCUUAGCCAUCGGCUUGACGGUCCGAAAAUUGACAGUCCUGCGAACGCUAUUACACUGACGCUUGAUUUGCAUCGACUCUUCGGUGAAUUUCAGAUAUUUUUUGAGCGAACAGGGAGACCGCAUGAGUAUAAAAUCGACUCGCUGGAGCAGGGUUUCUUGCGUGACCCGCUCUUCCCCGUUACUCGCGCACUAACGCUAAGCCCCAGUCGCACCAUUGAUCCACCGGAUUAUCGACUUCUCGGUGUCCACUGUGCCAUUGCACAUAUCAUGAAACUCAGCGGUGCAGGCGAGUAUAUUGAGGAAAUACAGUGCGAUAUGGACGAAGUCGAUGUAAAAACGGAUGGGUCAACUAACCUGGGAUAUAUGAUGGAAUUACGACUUAACGGCUGGUUGAAUUCGUUAGCCGUGUUUUAAUUGUGUGCGGAUUCUUUGAUUCCUACUCCGGACUGUUGACAUACCAGGCACUGCAAGGACUGACUCAGCCAACUGAAUUUUUUGGUCUAGUUGGGAGACGGUCAACCUGAUACCUGGAAUUUCUACAUUUACCAUAACAUCAAUAUGAUACCCACCUUUCCUACUCGAUAUAAAGCGUACUGUGGCGAGGAAGAAAGGAACCCGAGCCGACGCAUUGUUUCUGGG